GACUUGAUUCUAUGAUGUCAACAUUAUGUUGUGAUGUUAUUCAAUCAUUAUUUGCAACAACAUUUGAAUUAUCAGAUUUAACAAAUUACUUUAGAUUUGCAGCUGGAGCUAUAACUAAUCUUGGAACAGAACCAUUACAAAAAAUAACUGCAAUUGCUUUUCUUAAAGAAUUUGUUGAAGGAUUCUGGAAUGAAUGUAUUCAAGACCACAAUUAUCAUGAACCAAUAAUCUCCAAUCUAAUUGAUAUGGAUGUUGAUGGAACAGCUUUAAUUAGAGAAAUUAAUAAUUUUAUGAGCAUACCAAAUCCAUUAAUCCACUCAUUAAAAAUAUAUUUUCUAAGAAUUUUACAUAAUCGGCACAAUCUUUCACUCAAUGAUUUAAAACAAUUUUGUAAUAGACUAAAUAAUACAUUUCCAUGGCUUGCAAGUAUUGUAUGGGAAGACCAUUCUCAAAAUAGACUUCCAUUUAAUCCUUACUGGGCCUUAGAUAUGUAUGCAGAAGCUGAUAAAGGAUUUUCUAGUUUAUAUUCACUUAAAAAUAAAGCACCAAUUGAGACCUUCCUACAAUCUGUAGAAAAAAAUGAGUCAAUAGGACAUAGAAUUGCAUUUGGUGGUGUAGUUGUACAACGUAUACAUUUAGUUCAUGCAUCAGAUGAAUGGACUCUUGAUUAUGAUAAUGCCAGUGAAUAUCUUAAAACUGAAAUUAAUGGAUUGAUGAUGCUUACACCACUUUAUAGACAAAUAAUUGACAAUAUUCUACAAAAUAAACAGCCAUUACUUCAAUUAAAUACCAGGGAAACAAAUGAAACUUUGUUAAUUAAAUCUGUAAUUGGACAUAUUGUAAUCUUACAUUCAUCAAUUCCUGCAGACUCAUCACCAUUAACUGUUUAUCUAAAUAAUAUACAAAAUUGUCAUAUGCAUUAUAUUUUAACAGUGCAAACUGAACAAUUAAAAUUAACAAGGUAUUUAUGUCAGUGUGGUUAUAAAUAUUUUAUAGUAAACUGUGGUCAAGCAAUAGAAGCAAGUAAAUGUCCACAGUGUAAAAGCAAUACAAUUGAAGGUGCAAGUCAAAAUGUAACAGUUAUGGAUGAAUCUAAUAAUGUUGACUAUUCAGUUCGUACUAUGCCACCAAAUGCAUAUCGCAUCUUACAUUUAAUUGUUCAUGCAUUGAUUGGUUCUUCAAAUAGUGCUAAAGAUUUCUUAAAACAAAUUGCCAGUAAUAUUGAAGAAUAUUGCUUUAGACAUAUACAGAAUGACUGGAAAGUACUUAAAAAUAUUUUCAAUUGCAAUGAUGAAAAUUUAGCAUUGUUAUUACAUUCAAUUCUAACAGAAAUGUCAAAAAAACUUUUUACUGGUGGUCCAUUAAUAAUUACAACCCCUGCUCAGCAGGAUGAAUGGGAAUUACAAUUUACUAAAGAUUAUGUUGAGCCACAAACAAAAAGCUUUAAUGAAUCUGUUACAAAUUUCCAUAGAAAAUUAGAUGCAGGAUUAAAAAGAGCAAAUGGAAAUGCUAAUAUAAUUGAAUCAGAAAUUAAUCAGACUAUAGAUAUGGAUAAUAACUAUAAAGUUGAAUAUUUACCAAAUCUUUGGAGAACAAUAGGAACAAUAAGCUUUGAAAGUUUUAGGGCAUAUUACCUUGCUGAUCAAAUCAAUAACAAUAAAACAUAUCCAUUUCUUUCAAUAUUUUUUAAACACUCUGAAAAAUUAUCACAGGUUAAACAUCUUUUUCCCAUUAUUAAAUUUGCAGAGAUAUUGGCAUCAAGACUUGAGUAUAGAAUCAAUAGAAAAGAUGCUCAUAAUAAAUCAUUCCAAGAAUUUAUAAAUGAUGAAUCAAAUGGAGGAAUAAUUAAAGAGACACAUGAAACAUUAAUUAAAGCAUUUGAUGAAUUUUUAGAAGCAUGGAAUGCAGUGCAUGAUCAAGUCAAAAGAUAUCAGAUUCAUGAAUUUAAAUCAGUUAUUCCUAGUUUGUCUUUAGAUAGCCCAAUUGUUUUUGCAAUAGUUGAAGAAAAAGAUACAGGGAUAUUUAUUUGUGCAAUUAUAAAUUACCUUGUGACAUUACAAAAUAAUUUCUUGCAAGAAAUCACAAAAAUUCCAAAUGGAUCUUGUAAAUCAUUAAAAUUUUUAGAAGAACCACCUCAAGUUGAUGUGGGAUCAACAUCCAGUGAUGAUAGUAGUAGUUCAACAACAGCUCAGGCCAAUAGUCCACAAGUAUCUAAUCAAUAUUAUAUACAAUCAUCAAGAGCAAGCCAAUUAAGAAAAUCAAAUGUAAUUGAUUAUGAGUGGGAUGAAGAUAUUCUUCAAUAUAGUCAAAGAAUCCUUACUAUUGGACAUGGAGAUGAUGUUAUUUAUGACUUGCAAAAGAUUGAACUUGAACUUGCAUAUUGGCUGGUUUUUGAUAAAGCAUAUAUUGAAACUGUACAAGAUUCACAAUUAUAUCUAGAACCAUUUUCAUACCAUAUGGAAUUGUUCCAAGGAUAUUCAAGAAUUCUCA